UUGCCCGACAGUGACACUUGUCUUGUGACCUAACGCAGUGGCCAGGAUGAAUUUCGGAGUGCUGGGAGGUGGAGUUGUGGGGCUCACCACAGCCCUGGAGCUUCAGAGUCAAUUCCGGGACGCUAAAGUGACUAUUGUGGCUGAUAAGUGGGCCACAGAAACGACAUCAGCUGUCGCUGCGGGAAUCUUCAGACCAGCAGCCUCCUUCGCUGGACCCACUGACGAAAUAACACAGCAAUGGAUUGACGACGCCUUUGCUCACUGGGAUGAACUUCGCAAAAGAGAGGGCAGUGCCAAAGUUGGCAUUUGUAAUCUCUCUGGAUACAUAUUCUCCUCCACAAAUCCCGCAAUUGUGCGCAAUUCUCGCAUCGAAAAGCUUUUGCCUCUCUAUCGCAGAGCAACAGAGGAUGAAUUGAAAAUGUGUCCAGGAGAUUGGAAGUACGGAUCAUUCUUUUCAACACUUUUGACCGAGUUCAGAACUUUUCAGCCAUGGGCUGAGAAGAAAUUCCUCGGCAAUGGAGGAAAAUAUGUAACGCGACAUGUUAGCAAAUUGACUGACUUGGAAAAGGAUUUCAACUUGGUGUUCAAUUGUACAGGAUUGGGAUCGAAGUGGAUGCUGGGAGAUAACAAAUUGGUACCCAUUCGUGGGCAAAUUAUAAAGGUGAAAGCUCCCUGGGUCAAGACAGCCUUCUAUGGAGACUACGACACCUAUAUUAUCCCCGGAUUUGAAGGUGUUACUCUGGGCGGCACGCGUCAGUUCGAUUCCUACAAUCUGAAUAUCUGCAAGUACGACACGGCUUCGAUUCGAGAGCGCUGCCAAGACCUCCUACCCAGCCUCAGAGGAGCUCCAGUUAUUCGCGAGUCCGUGGGAUUGCGUCCCCAUCGAGACCCUGUUCGUGUGGAAGUGGAAUUCUUCCCCACGUCGCACGGAAAACCCAUGAGUGUGAUUCAUAACUAUGGUCAUGGCGGAUCUGGAGUGACUACAUCUCCGGGAACGGCAAAAUAUGCAGUGAAACUAGUCAGGGAUGCCCUGGGUGGACGAAGUCACUUGUAGUGAAAUAAAAAAGACUUACCGAGCA